GCGCAGAUUUGGCGCCAAACGCCGAGGCCCCUUCUCGCGGCGGGAUCUCCAGAGUCUCGCGAUCAACGCCGUGUGGCAGCGGCGCUUAGCCCCGCGCUCCACCCCGCGCUGUGGCCGCCGCCGUGCGCCUGAGAGGAAAAGAUGCUGGAGCCACAGGGGAAUGGCUUGAGUGACCUCCCAGAUUAUGAGCAUGUAGAAGAUGAAACUUUUCCUCCUUUUCCACCUCCAGCUUCUCCACAGAGAGAAAAUGGUGAAGGAGCUGAACCUGAUGAAGAGUCAGGGAGAGGAGCACCUGUUCCUGUACCUCCAAAGAGAACAGUUAAACGGAAUAUACCCAAGCUGGAUGCUCAGAGAUUAACUUCAGAGAGAGGGCUUCCAGCAUUAAGGCAUGUGUUUGAUAAGGCAAAAUUCAAAGGUAAAGGUCAUGAGGCUGAAGACUUGAAAACGCUAAUCAGACACAUGGAGCAUUGGGCACAUAGGCUAUUCCCUAAACUGCAAUUCGAGGAUUUUAUUGACAGAGUUGAAUACCUGGGAAGUAAAAAGGAAGUUCAGACCUGUUUAAAACGAAUUCGCCUUGACCUGCCUAUUUUACAUGAAGAUUUUAUUAGCAAUAAUGGCAUAUGUGCUGUGAUGGUCUCUUGUGAUGCUGGGCAGGAGUGGCCACACUGCCCAGCCAGCCACAUGGUCAUGAGGCACAUACAGGUGUCCCUUGAAUACCACAGGUUUGAAUUGAGCAGGUCCACGUACAGAUUUCUUAAGGAUGAAGGAGGAGAAAAUCAUGGCCAUGAUGUAACUGCUACCCAAUCAGAUCCCUUUUUGACAAACUCAUUGGAAAGUGAGAAUUUUGCUUCUGAGUCAGGUAGAAGCCUAACAGAAGAACAACAACAGAGAAUUGAGAGAAAUAAACAACUGGCCUUGGAAAGAAGGCAGGCAAAGCUACUGAGUAACAGUCAGUCCCUCGGAAAUGACUUGUUAAUAAAUACACCCAGGACACAGACCAUUGAAGAGGUUAAUACAGGUGAGGAUCAAGAGGAGGAGUCAUUAGAUGGAUUUAACAAAGACAUUCUAGACCAUCCACAUAAUAAUGCUGCUGCCAAUGCUGUAAAUGAGGAGGAGCAAUUAAAAAUAGAGAACACACAACUGGACCAGUCCUUUUAAAAUGUACAGUAGAACUUUAUGCUUUAUCCAGAAAUGUUACUGAGGUUGGAUAGGCUUCAACUAAGAGAAAAUCCAUUAACCUGCUAUCCUCUAAGUUUUAGAUUAGUAUGUAUUUUGUCUGCUUGGAGUGAAAAUCCUUAUGUAGUAAGACUUUCACAGAUUCCGAUUUAAAAUAUGGUAUUACUUAUACUUGUUUCUUAUUAACUUUAGUUGAGCCUAUUUAUUCUCUUUAGUGUUUAUUUUUAUAUAGAUAUAACUUUAUAAAAAUGAUUAGUAAUUAAAGCACCUUCUGCUGCUAGUGUGCUACUGAAUGUCUUGUUUUCACUAAAUUGGAGGUUUUGAGAUGUAAAUAUGUAAUGAAUAUUAAUGUCCAUUUUUUUAAAAAGAAAUAAAAAUCUUAUAAACUAUCUCUAGAGGCUUUAUGAAAGUUUCUUACUGCUAUUUAGUUCUGCAAUUAUACUUUCGGUAAAAUGUUUAAGGUUUCUAUAUGUGUUUACAUGUAUUCUGAGGAGUCACUUUAAAAGGGUCACCUGAGGGCGCCUGGGUGGCUCAGUCGUUAAGCGUCUGCCUUCGGCUCAGGUCAUGAUCCCAGGGUCCUGGGAUCGAGUCCCACAUCGGGCUCCCUGCUCGGCAGGAAGCCUGCUUCUCCCUCUCCCACUCCCCCUGCUUGUGUUCCUGCUCUCGCUAUCUCUCUCUCUGUCAAAUAAAUAAAUAAAAAUCUUUAAAAAAAAAAAUAAAAGGGUCACCUGAAA